CUCUGUCCCUAGUUCCUAGUUCCUACGCUACUCUGCCACAGUGAAAAAGAAAAUGACGUUAACAAGCUCGUCUUCAUAACACCAAACCUCCUCAAUUUUCAUUCCAUUCUAACUCGAAUAACUCUCUCUCUCUCUCUCUCUACGAUGACGACCUCUGUGAAAGCGAAUUUCCUGCCUCCGAGCUUGAUCUCCAACCUUCAGCAAGUCCUCGCCACCAGAAACGACGCUCCGGAGCAGCGAUCGCACAAUGCCGGCGCCAAUUCCGUCAAAACGCAGUCGUCUCCGCUCUCGGAGAGCCAGAACGACGGCGAUGGCGAUAAGCCGGUGGUUCUCGUGACCAGCGCCGACGGAAUCGACUCUCCCGGCCUCGCAUUUCUCGUCGAAGCUCUCCGCCUCGAUUCUCGCGUCCACGUCUGUGUUUGCGCUCCUCGAGCGGAUAAAUCGCUCUCCGGCCACUCCGUGACGGUUCUUGAGACAAUCUCGGCGUGUUCUGCUGAAAUCGGCGGCGCCGUUGCUUAUGAAGUUUCUGGAACUGCUGUGGAUUGCGUAUCUCUAGCUUUAUCAGGCGCAUUGUUCUCUUGGUCGAAGCCUGCUCUGGUAAUUAGUGGAAUAAACAGAGGAUCUAGUUCUGGACACAACAUGUUUCACUCAGGUGCAGUGGCUGCAGCUAGAGAGGCAUUGAUUUGUGGUGUACCAGCUCUGUGCAUAUCACUAAAUGGGAAAAAAGAUGUAAGUUGUGAGAGUAAGAUGAAGGAAGCAGUCGGUGUUUGUUUACCACUGAUACAUGCAACUGUUGAAAGUGUUCAGAAGGAUGUUUUCCCCAAAAGUUGCCUACUUAAUGUCGAGAUUCCCAGUUGCCCCCUGGCAAACAAGGGCUUCAAACUAACCAGGCAGAGUCUGUGGAGGUCCUCUUUGAGAUGGCAGGCUGUCUCAGCAAAACAACAUCCUUCUGCUGGCCAUUUCAUGUCAAAUCAACAAAGCCUUGGUAUUAUGCUGGCACAGCUGGGCCGUGACGCUUCUACAGCUGGUGCGGCAAGACGUUUGAACUCGCAACGGAAGAAUGUGGAGAUUGAAUCUGUUGGGGUUGCUGGAAAGCCAAAUUCUCAACAAACAGUCAAAAAGUAUUUCCGAUUAGAGUUCUUGGAUAAGGAUAUAGACAAUGUGGAUGAGGAUUUAGAUAUUAGAGCACUUGAAGAUGGAUUUGUUUCAAUUACUCCUCUAUCAUUAUCACCAACUCUUGAUUCCGAAGUUCAAACGUCAGUGUCUAACUGGAUUGCUGAUGCACUUACCAUGAAUCAUUAAGCGUUAUCUGCCUCUCUUCAUAUGAUUUACGAAUGUACAUUAUAAUUUAACCUUUCAUUUGUUUGUACCUAUUGGAGUGGACAGUCUUGAUCGCUUGCGGUUACUUUUGUUUGUAACAUAGGCAAAGUCUGCAACUGUCCAUUCUUCUCUCUGUAAUUCUAGUUUUUAACUUUGGCUGUGGAAUUGAGUCUCCUCUGUUGUGAUGUUAGGAACUAGAGUAGAGAGCCCUUUGUUCUUGCAUUUUGUUGGAUAUGAAGAUUUUUGUGGCC